CACACAUCGCCGCCGCCGCCCUACUCCAUUUUUCCAUCCUCCGGCGCUCCGGUCUCGACCUCCGUCAUCAGGAGCUGAACAUAUUCUGAUGCGUCUGAGCUCCCGCCGUCGAAGCAUCACUCUUUGCCGGAGAAUUACGUGAUUUAGCUCAGCCACAAGCUCAUCUCUGCCAUCUCUGUUAUAAUUCGUCGAUUUCCCGUGCCAUGGCGUCGGUGAUCGGAUGUUUCUCUCUCAAAUCUACUCAUCGAGGAGUGCUUCCAAAAUGGAGAUCACCUAGAGCAGCUGUGGUUCCCAAUUUUCAUCUUCCGAUGCGCAGCAACGAAGUUAAAAACAGGACUAAUGUCGAUGACAUAAAAUCGCUCAGAUUGAUUACAGCAAUCAAGACACCUUAUCUCCCGGAUGGAAGAUUCGACCUGGAGGCAUAUGAUGCCUUGGUGCACAUGCAAAUCGAAGAUGGUGUCGAGGGGGUGAUUGUUGGUGGCACCACUGGUGAAGGCCAAUUGAUGAGCUGGGACGAGCACAUUAUGCUCAUUGGCCACACAGUCAACUGCUUUGGCAGUUCCGUUAAAGUCAUUGGUAACACCGGGAGUAACUCAACACGAGAAGCCAUCCACGCCACUGAACAAGGCUUUGCUGUUGGUAUGCAUGCCGCACUCCACAUUAAUCCUUACUACGGAAAAACCUCCUUGGAGGGUUUGGUCUCUCACUUCGACAGCGUGCUUCCCAUGGGCCCUACAAUCAUCUAUAACGUACCCUCACGGACAGGCCAAGACAUUCCACCACGUGUGGUUCACACCGUUGCACAGAGCACCAACUUGGCAGGCAUCAAGGAGUGUGUUGGGAAUGAUCGGGUGGAGCAGUAUACGAGCAAUGGCAUAGUCGUCUGGAGUGGGAACGACGAUGAAUGCCACGACUCGAGAUGGGAUUACAGUGCCACUGGAGUAAUUUCAGUUACAAGCAAUCUGGUGCCACGUCUGAUGAGAGAACUCAUGUUUGGAGGUAAGAAUCCAACUUUAAAUGCAAAACUGUUGCCUCUUAUCCAGUGGCUUUUCCGUGAGCCGAACCCAAUUGGUGUGAACACAGCCCUAGCACAGCUCGGGGUCGUGAGACCUGUUUUCCGGUUGCCCUACGUGCCCCUUCCUCUAGCCAAGAGGGUCGAGUUUGUGAACAUAGUCAAGGAACUCGGGAGAGAGAAUUUCGUUGGAGAGAAAGACGUCCGGGUCUUGGAAGAUGAAGACUUUGUUUUGAUCGGUCGGUAUUAGAUGCUACGUUUGGUGAAAUAUGGUCUCCUUUCGACGCUGUUCUUUUGAUCUGCUUGCUUUGUCCUAAACAAUAAUUUAGAUUUUGAGUUUUACUCUUGUUGUUGUAUGUCAAGGUAAAGUUAAAAACACAUAUAUGCUACAAAUAUUAUAUUAUUGCA